UUCCGGCGGUCCGCAGUGGUUCCUUCCAGUGGGACCGCGUCUGCUGCUCCUUCUUCUUCUUCUACCGGGUUUAUCCACGGUCUCAGCGAGCUAACGCUAUGCUUUCAAGAUCACCGUGUGUUUAUCGGACGCUUGGCCGUUCUCUGUCGGCAGCCAGUCAGGCCAGUAAUGCGCUUCGUCAAAGUGUGUCAGGUCAUUCUGUCUGCAGCCAGAUAGUUUACAGGAACUCUCAGCCGUGUCAAUUUCCAUCCUCAGCCAACGUCUACCACAUCAGAUACUUUAAGACUUCUGCCGUUCACAGAGAUGAAGUGGUCACGGUCAAAACUCCUGCGUUUGCAGAAUCAGUCACGGAGGGGGACGUGAGGUGGGAGAAAGCUGUGGGCGACUCCGUGUCAGAAGAUGAAGUGGUGUGUGAAAUUGAGACGGACAAGACGUCGGUACAAGUUCCGUCUCCAGCAGCUGGUGUAAUAGAGGAACUGCUGGUGCCUGAUGGAGGGAAGGUGGAAGGAGGAACACCCCUCUUCAAACUCCGGAAAGGAGCUGCCGCUGCCGCCGCCAAGGCUGCUCCAGCCCCACCCGCAGAGGCACCAGCUCCAUCGGCUGAAGCUUCUCCUCCUCCACCUCCUCCUCCACCUCCUCCUCCAGUGGUGCCGCCACAGGCUGCUCAACCUAAGCCUGUUUCUGCUGUCAAGCCUCAAGCUGCAGCUCCAGCCCCAGAUUCUCCAGCUGUAGGAGUCAGAGGAGAAAACAGGGUGAAGAUGAACCGUAUGAGGCUGAGGAUCGCACAGAGACUGAAGGAGGCUCAGAACACCUGCGCCAUGCUGACUACCUUCAACGAGGUGGACAUGAGUAACAUUCAGGACAUGAGGAAAAUUCAUAAAGAUGCUUUCUUGAAGAAACACAACAUCAAACUGGGUUUCAUGUCAGCGUUUGUGAAGGCUGCUGCGCACGCUCUGACUGACCAGCCUGCUGUCAACGCUGUCAUCGAUGACACAACCAAAGAAAUCAUCUACAGGGAUUACGUAGAUAUCAGCGUCGCCGUGGCAACUCCAAAGGGGCUCGUUGUUCCAGUGAUCCGUAACGUUGAGACCAUGAACUUCGCUGACAUAGAGAAAGCCAUUAAUGCACUGGGAGAAAAGGCUCGUAACAACGAGCUCGCUGUCGAAGACAUGGAUGGUGGCACGUUCACCAUCAGCAACGGUGGCGUGUUCGGCUCCAUGUUCGGCACGCCCAUCAUCAACCCCCCGCAGUCGGCCAUCCUGGGCAUGCACGGCAUCUUCGAGCGGCCCGUGGCCAUCAGCGGCAAGGUGGAGAUCCGCCCCAUGAUGUACGUGGCACUGACGUACGACCACCGGCUCGUCGACGGCAGAGAAGCCGUCACUUUCUUACGUAAGAUCAAAUCGGUGGUGGAAGAUCCGCGAGCGCUGCUUCUGGACAUGUGAUGUUUCUGCCACAGCACUUUACUCUUAUUUAAAGGUGUUCAGCCGCAUAAACCAAACUCCACAAAGUAGACAACGCACAAGUCACACAACACCACCUAUACGGGCAACUACUGGGGUUGGGUUUCAACGCUGAUGGCACUGAAGCGCAUGCUAUUGCUUGUAGAAAGGACUCCUUAGUAUCUGCAGUGUGGGCUAAAUCGACAAAAUGUUACGACGGCUUUCUAUUCUUUCAUCACUGACAGUUUUGCAACGUUUUAAAUUAGCGAAAACAGACACAUUAAAGCGCGCCACAGACGGCGCAUAUUAUUCAGAUUACAAAUUGGCAGGGGCUGCAAUUAAACCCACAUGCUCCUCAGAUGGACUUACAAGGCAGCAGAUAAACACUCACCAUGUUCUCGUGGCAGUUGUAUAAUCGUGAAACAAAAAAAACAAAAAAAAAAAAAAAAAGGCUUUUCCAGACAGCUUUCGGUUGCAUAACCUCCUCAUUAGCCGGAGCCAGUUUCUCCACAGCCGGUCCAAACGGAGCUAAUUCAAAUAAGUUCAAGAUGUUGAAUUUUAACACAGGUUUCAAAGGCGUCCUUGGUUUGCUGCAAAAUAUUGUGACGGGCAACGGUCUGGAAGGGGGAAAAAAGUGAGCAACCAGGACACUAGGUUUCUGUAUGGAACGUGUUUUCCAGUGCCAUGACUUUAAAUCCAUGUUUAUAGUCUGUUGUUUGGAUGAGGCUCAGUUCAGUCCUUGUCCUGGAUCGUCUCUAGUCUUAAACCUGCCCUCGCUCUUGUCAAGACUUCGUAUUCUGAUCAAACUAGAAACAUUAUUCCUCGCAGAAACUGUACCAAACACACCCUAUUGUUUUUUUGUAUUAUUACACAAACCGUUUUAUUUUUUUCCUUUGUGGGCGCUAUGUUGGGAGUAAAGUACAAAACGCACAAUUUGCCAGCAGGUUUUUAUGUUGAGCUCCACUGUUGGGACAGAUUUUAACUGUCCUGUGUUGUAUAUGAAAAAAAAAAACUAUUUAAAGAAACAACAUUAAACAUCUCAAAAGUUUUAUUUACUGAAA